AACAAGCCGCUCUGCCGAAUUAGCUCAGGCAAGGUCGGCCAUUGUUGGAGUUGGUCAUUCUUGCCAGGCUACCGAAUACCUUGGAGUAUCCGUACGCUACCUUCAGGUAAAGCUGAAAGCUUGGGGGCUACCUACUGCUGACCUCACCUGCCUGGUCUUGCGCGACGCCUGCACCUGCACCUGCACCACCGCCGGACCACACUGCGCGCGCUGCCUCAUCAAACAAGGUUUCGACGGGCCUGGUCUGUCUGCUUUCCUCUCAAUCCACCUUCACCUCACCUCAUCUCAUCAUACUUUUGCUGCGAAGGUUACCGGGACUUUUCCACUCUCCCGUCUCUUCCACUUUCUUCCCCCUCUCCUCUAGGUACUCGCCCUGUAUCGUCCGUCUUCUACCCAUCCUCUCCCGGACCGGGCUCUCACUCAGCAAAGUACCCGAUCUACGUCUUUGUUUCCCAACGGGCGUCCGUGUCCGUGUCGCACACACAGCCCAGAACCAAAGCUUCCGGCGACCAAACGAACAGGCGGCUCAGCGAAACACCAAUUACCAACACCACCACUGCUAACGGUUGGUCCAUCUCACACGUCAGCCUUCCCAUGAGCCGGACCUCCAUCAUUCGUCGCACGCCUUCAACCAACACCACCACCACCUCCUCCAUUGUCGUUGCUGAAUCGACGUCUUGCUGCUGAGAAACGCUUCAGUUUCCCCCGCAACGCCAAGCGCACUUUCCUUGCAUCGUCGCAAUUGAAUCGCAACCAUGGUGUCAGCCGCUGGAGGUAUCGUCAUCGCCAUCCUGGUCCUCGCCAUUGUUGGCGGCGCCGGCUGGGUCAUCUUCACCCAACUGCGCGCCCGGAGACUAGGUCUUCCACCCCCGUCCCUCUCCUCCUACAUACCUUUCCGAAAAUCCGAUCCGCCGCCGUCAUACGGACCCCCGCGCCCUGCGCCGAGCGGCAUCGCCGGCUGGAUCAACGACAAGAUCACCUCCUUCAAGAACCGCAACAACCGCUCUGCCGCCGGAGCCUACGAGCAGCCCUCGGGCGGUGCUGGUGCGCCUCGCCGGGGCUUCGGACCGCUCGAUCCGGAUGAGGCGUGGGAUGCGCGCGUGGGCCACGAAGCCGAGACCUACGGCCCUUACGGAAACUACGAGGAGCAGGAGCUGGGGUACCGCGGUGGCGGCCACAACGACAACAGCUACAGCAUGAACCUUGCCUCGACUCCCAACCCCCACGAUGAGCCGGCGCGGGGCCGCAGUCUCAGCCGGGAUGACGACGGCGGUCUAGGUGUCCACAAGGCUGGCGGCAGGAAUCCGUUCGAGGACGACGCCGAGCCGAGCAACAUCAGCUUGCGCGGCGUCAGCCCCCGGCCGAUUGUCGAUACGGGUGCGCCGCAACAGCAGCAGCAACAACAGAAAAAGGAUAGUGGCGAGAGCCCGACAGAACGGAGGUCAAUCUUCCGGGAGAACGUAUGAUACGGUAGCGCAGGCUCGAAAACCCGGUUGUGAAAUUUCCCGUCAAUGAGACCGCAAAGCACAAAGAUGAGAAACUAGACAAGAGUUUUCUAAGGAAGUAGCGGAGGUAAGUUGAAGAUGAAGAUGAAGAGGGCAAAUUGUCUGUUUCCUUCGGGAGGGCAAUGCGUAACGAGUACGGAAAGCGGGCCGGGAAAGUGGGAGAAACUGGGUCUCCGGGACAUGUCACGACUUGGGAACGUGCAAGAUAUGGUUGUCUUGUGAGAAUUCAAAGGCGUUUGGGCUCUGCUUUAUUACCACUAUUCUCCAUGUUUUCUCGCCUGAUUCCAAUUUUGCGCGGUAGAAUAUAUGAACAGGUUGAACCGCCA